UUCUGUCUCUUCCCUCACACACCCGUCAACAUGGAUUCAUUGGAUGAAGAACAGAUUGGCGCCCUCCAGAAGGCGUUCGACUCCUUCGACACGGACAGCAAAGGCUUCAUCACCCCGGAGACCGUCGGUGUCAUCCUCAGGAUGAUGGGCGUCAAGAUCUCCGAGAAGAACCUUCAGGAGGUCAUCGCUGAGACUGACGAAGACGGCUCUGGCGAGCUGGAAUUUGAGGAGUUCGUGGAGCUGGCCGCUAAGUUCCUCAUUGAAGAAGAUGAAGAAGCGCUGAAGGCUGAGCUUAGAGAAGCUUUCCGUGUCUAUGAUAAGGAAGGAAAUGGCUACAUAACGACGGACGUGUUGAGGGAGAUCCUGCGGGAGCUGGACAACAGGCUGACAGAGGCGGACCUGGACGGUAUUAUUGAGGAGGUCGACGAGGACGGCUCCGGCACCCUCGACUUUGAUGAGUUCAUGGAGAUGAUGAACGGAUAAGCGCAGGGUUUCAGCCUCUCGUAUCUGCAUCCCUUACAACCUUCCCCACACUCGCUUUCUUAACUUUCUCUCAUAUUUUCUCUCUCAGUUUUCUCACACUUGUUCUCUCAUACUUGCUGAAUAUUCGCUUACUCUCUCUUGCUCAUUCACUUAUCAGUUCCAUUUUCAUUACUCAUUAUCAUCUGUUUUGUGUCCCAGUGCUUACUGGUGAAAACUUGUUUAUAAUUGCAAUGCUUUAUGCCACACACGCAUUAACUGUGCCUCAUUAACUGUGACGUUAGGCAGCUUCCAAGUUAGUUCGUUGGGUUGGACGGUAGAGCGACGGUUUCGCUUCAUGCAGGUCAGCGUUCAAUCCCAAACCGUCCAAGUGGUUGGGCACCAUUCCUUCCCCCCGUCCCAUCCCAAAUCCUUAUCCUGACCCCUUUCAAGUGCUAUAUGGUCGUAAUGAAUUGGCGCUUUCCCUUGAUAAUUCCCUCCCUCGCUUAUUUCCUGAGUUUGGCCACUCGCUUGUAGCUCGUUAUUGCCUGGCUAAGCAAACCAUCGUACAGUUUUAUGCCAAUAUAGACCUUCCUGCAAUACGCUUUGUAGGUUAGUAGGAUCAUAAUAUUGUUCCCUAAAUGAUGAGUUUAACGUAAAUAAUGUGUUGAUCCCAUGGAGAUCAUCUAUGUCGUUCUGUGGUGUCCAGUCACUCAAGAUGUUUAGUAAAAACGUUUCCUCUACUUGCUUAUUCAUCCAUCCACCUUUUUUCUUUGUAUUCCUCCUGCAUUACAGUUUUCUCAUUUCCCUGACAUUAUCUCAUAUUUCCUGCUGCUUUUCAUAUAUAUAUAUAUAUAUAUAUAUAUAUAUAUAUAUAUAUAUAUAUAUAUAUAUAUAUAUAUAUAUAUAUAUAUAUAUAUAUAUAUAUAUAUAUAUAUAUAUAUAUAUAAUUUAUGUUUUCCUCUGUCCGCCUCUAGGCUUUGCUGUUCACUGUGUUUUUGCUUCUGAUUUCAUGUGUUUAUUAUCAGUGUGGUUUUAUUGUGUAUUAAUACCUUCUGUCGUCAUCACAGGUCUAAGUCACACUAAUGGGCUUCUCCAACAGAUUUUAAUGUUGUUAUAGAUCCAGCUACUUGGAACAAGUUGCAAGUAGCACGGGCUAUGGUGAGGCCGUAGCUUACCUGGCACAGGAGCGGUGCCCUCAGAUUUUACCUGUUUCAACUACAAUGCUUUGCAUGUUUUCUUUUCCCUCUGACGUAGCUAUACUGAAGUUCUCUUUCUUAAGAUCUUCUGACUUAUUCUUCCUCUACGCAACUUUUAUUUUACAUUUUCGUUGCAGAGUUCAUGGAAAUGAUGUCUGGAUAGGAUGGUACAGAACGUUUGACCCUCGUUCGAGCCCUUCCUAGCCUCUCGACCCUCAUCUGACUGUCCUUGGAAUAUGUCCAGCCCGUCCUCUCGAGCGUUCUCAACGUCCCUAAAUUGGUGUAUUAAAUUGCCCGAACCUAACCUAAGGAUCCACGAAUGGAAAAACGGGAGUUCAUCAGAUUUUGGCUUUAAGGGGGAGGGGACUUAUACGUCAAAAUGCGAUGUACUAUUCAAGAGGACGGGUUGACAGCUGCUGCCUCGUCAAUCUUAAUUCUCCCUCUCCGUCUCUUGCUUAUUUUUGUGUGUUAACUGUACUCUCCGUGGCCCAACAAAUCCACUUUCUCUUCUUUCUCAUCUUUUAUAUGAAUGUUUUAUUUCGCUUGUCUGCCAAUUCUGUGGCAGAGGUUCUUGCUGUCACCGCCCCAACAGUUAUGACCCGACAAACACCAACAGCUGCAAACACCCCACACUGUGUCUGGGUCAUGAUGAUGGCAGACGCCAGGAAUUGGCUUUCAAAAGCGUCUCUGUUGCUAAGUUCAUCGUCCUUCUCAUCAACAGCGGAUUAUCUAAGUUGAUUUAUAAAUAUAGAAUGACAAGUCUG